GCUAGGUGUUGACCGCCAGGGUGUCAGUCGCUGCCUCGCUCUCACACCGGCUAGAAGUCCCGACUUCAGUGUGUGUUGUCACCCCUCACUUGUAUUUCACUUCUGCGUCUCGAGGACUCAGACCGUCUCAUCUACAACACUGCCAUUAUUGUAUGAGGGGAGCUGUAACCUUUAGCGCACAGGAAAUCUACGAACAGUUUUAGGAAAACUCAUAGUCGGUGUUUCAGUAAACUCGGAUACCUUACUGGAGCUGCUGCUGUUGUCUUCUGGGAACCGACUGUCGUGAGUUAACGGCCAGCUGGCCUGGAACAAAUACAAUACCGUUGAGUGCGGUAGUUUGGCCUCCGUCCUUUGGUACACAGCUGGAAUACGUGUCGCCAUUUCAUCACUAGGUUGGGAUGUGCUGGAUGAGGAUGGUUGGCUCCGGCUGGCCGUGUGUCGCCCUUGUGCUGGUAGUGAUGGCUGCCAACUCCGCUGCUGAGGUCGUCUACCCAUCACCUAAACCCGCAGAAACAGAGAAUUCAUACUGGUAUGACCUGGCCAUGAAGGACCUGAACGAGGCGCUCCACAAACCCAAGCUCACCAACGUUGCUAAGAAUGUCAUCCUCUUCCUUGGUGAUGGUAUGGGCAUCACUGUGGGCACUGCUGGACGGAUUCUGAAGGGACAGAAGAAGGGCCACUCAGGCGAGGAGGGUUACUUGGUAUGGGACAGGUUUCCCAAUAUUGGUCUUCUGAAGACUUACACUGUGGACAAGCAGGUACCUGACAGUGCUGCCACAGCCACAGCAUAUCUGACAGGAGUGAAGGCCAACUACUAUACUCUGGGGGUCAAUGCCAAUGUCAAACUGAACGAUUGUCAUUCCUCGCUUAAACCAGAAAAUAGAUUGAAGUCCAUCCUAGAGUGGGCUCAGGAUGCAAACAAGGAGACUGGUGUAGUGACAACAGUUCAGGUCACCCAUGCGACCCCCGCCGGUCUAUAUGCCAAAACUUCUCAGCGUAGGUGGCAGUGUGACACCAAGAUCAUCACAGCGGGACCAGAUGCUCUUAAAUGCAAGGACAUUGCUCGCCAGCUUGUUGAGGAUGAACCUGCCAGGAAAUUAAAGGUGAUCAUGGGUGGAGGUCGACAGGAGAUGGGGAAUCCACUGGAAGAUGAUGCCAAGAAGAUUUGUAUAAGAACUGAUGGCAGAAACCUUGUGAAGGAGUGGCAGAAUGACAAGGAUGCCCAGGGCAAGUCCAAUGCUUAUGUCACUACAACCAAGGAACUGCGCUCAGUUGAUAUUGAUGACACUGAAUACCUUAUAGGCUUAUUUAGUGACAUUCACAUGCCAUAUGAGGUGGACAGGGACACAGGCCUGGACGGUACACCAUCCUUGAAGGAGAUGGUUGAGGUAGCACUUAAGCGACUCAAGAGAAAUGAUGAUGGAUUUUUCCUUCUGGUGGAAGGAGGAAGGAUAGACCACGGCCUACAUUGGGGUCAGCCACGCCGAGCCCUGGAGGAGUUGCUGGCCAUGGAAGAGGCAGUGGAGGCUGCACUUAAGAUGGUAGAUUUGGAGGAGACACUGGUUAUAGUCACUGCUGACCACUCUCAUGUGAUGACUAUAAAUGGUUAUCCUGAAAGAGGCAACAACAUCCUGGGUGUGACGAUUAAUGAAGAUGAUGUGUCGGAUCAUCUACCCUAUACUACCCUUAUGUUCACCAAUGGCCAUGGCUACAACUACUCGUGGGAUGGCGAACAUGUAAUUCGGCGCAACUUGACUGGAGUGGACACAACCGACAAGGACUUUGAGGCCCUGGCUGCUGUCCCAACUUACCCUGGCUCAGAGACUCACGGUGGUGAAGAUGUUGCAGCAUAUGCCAUAGGACCAAUGUCUCACCUUUUCCACCGGGUCCAUGAGCAGAACUAUGUGGCUCAUGUGAUGGCCUACGCAGCAUGUAUUGGUCCUUAUGAAGAUAAUUGUGAUCGUCCAGCAGAAAUACCCCAAAAUCUCUACAAACAUGUGAAAGGCAUCAGAAGAAAAAGUAGUACAAGUUCAGGAAUUUCAUUGAACACAACCAGUUCUGUAGUAUUGAUGUACGUGGCCAUUGUUCACAUUACCAAAAUGUUAACAUAUUGAGCACAUUCCCAGUUUUUAAUGUAACCCUUUCAGAAAUAAGUGUUUUGAUAUGCUUCAUUUCUUGUUGAAAACUUACUUUAGGUAUUUAUUUAAUAUAAAUUGUUAUUUAAUUGUGUUGAAAUGCUUGUUAUGCUGUGCACUUCUUAUAUUUAAUAUUUACUAAAGCUUUUAUUUUUAAGUUAACUGCAAAUAUUUAUCAGAAUGGACAUAAUAUGGUUUGGUAUUAUGGUGCAAUUUUGUUUACAGUACAGGCAUCCCCUAAUUUAUGAAAGGUUUGUAUUCCUGGAAGACCAUUCAUAAAUCAAGGCCAAUUUUUCAGAGAUUUUUAUUAAUUAAUGGAAAAUAUUUUCUUAUAAAGUUAUGACACUGAAAACCUAAUAAUCUCUUGUGGUUCAAAGUACAAGGCAGAAUGUUGUCAGCAUGUAUAUUUAAUAUUUUUAUAGGUAAGCAUUAUUACUAAUAUGGUUAGUUGUACAGCAUUAAUAAAUGUGCAUGUAUUAUAUUUCUUAUUGUUUUAUAUAUAAAAUUGAUUAGUUUAAACAAUGGAUCAGUCAAGAGAAAAGUCUAGGCAUCAAGUAGGUGCACAAACUGUAUCUCCAUACUAGCCAUGUUGUUUGUUGAUUCACCCCUUCCUCCACCAAGCACCUCGUAUGAUCUAACUGGAUUAAAUUCUUGGCUAAUAUAUAAUCUUAGAAUCAUCAACUCACAAUUCAUGUUAAUUUUUCUCAAAAUACUGUAAAUAUCCUGUAAAAAAAAUGUGCUGUAAGUGGACCGUUUCAUUUCAUUUAAAAAAAAUAGGUAAAAUGAUUUUUAUAGUCCAUUUAUUAGUAUUUUUUAGUCUUAACUUAGACUUUGCAAAUUCUGUAUUGUACAAAUAUGAAGUGUCUUUUAUGUAGUUUCGUCUUAUUAUGCAAGUAUAGAUGUAGUGAGUGAGUGUACAGGUAGUGUAUAAUAUAAUACAAGAUGUCUAUGAGGCCAGUAGACCAGUUACAGGAUUCAAAAGAAGCCUCUCAAGCAGCUGCCAGACUCCACUUGCACUAUUAAAACAAGUGAAAUGGCUCAUUAUAUCACUUGUGUAAUGUAAUGAUGAAAAAUAUGAAACUUAACAAGCAA